UGUGAAAAGACGGAUCUCAAAAUCAUUCAGUCACUGCUGUAAAGGGAUCAAAUAUGCAAAAAAUCCUUGAAAACUGAAGAAUCUGCAGGACCAGGAGGAUUUUUCUGAAGAACAGAGCUCAGUUUAACUGCUCAGAACAAACAAGGGACUCAUGAACAACCAUCACAAAACAAAAAAAAAAAAAACAGUCGUAGAUCAUCCAGGUAACCACACGCAGUAUUAAGAAUCAGUGGUUCACAAACUUUUGAACUGGGUCAUUUUAAUAAAUUCAGCUAUUUUUUUGUCUUGUUGAUUAUAUGUAAACAUCUUUUAUGUAAAAUAUCUUACUCAGGACAGUACUAAUUAAAAAAUAACAUGCAUUUUGUAUGAUCUCUCUUAUUUUGUUAAAAUUAUUCACAUUUUCACAGAUUCUGCAAAUGGUUCACAUACUUUUUCUUGCAACUGUAUAUAAAUAUUCCAUUAUAGUGGCAUUUUUUUUUUUUUUUUUUUUGAGGAAGAAACAGGAAAUAAAGCCUUUUUUCCCUGUUUAUUUUAAAUUAGAAGAUUAGAGGAUUAGGCAUUUCCUAUUUUGACCAGCUGUGCGUGUCUGGUCACAUGCUUAAGUGACAUCACUCACUACAUUCUCACAUGUGAUUAAUCAUUCAAAGACAUGACUUUGGAGUUUCAGAUUGUUUUAUCAGUAUAUAUCCAUGUAAAAAGGGAAGUUUUUGCAUUUACAUUGUCAUGCUGUAAAGGUUUCUCACAUUGGACUGAAUCAUGGAGGAGAGCUGCCAUUUUCUUUGCUAUGUAUUGAAAUAUCUGUUUGCUUUGGUGGGAUUGUUGUUUUUCCUGCUGGAUAUAGCGCUGGACAUUUGGACUGUUGUGACAUUUUAUCAGAAUGGGGACUAUGUGUAUAUGGCGGUGAUGAUCUUUCUGCUGCUGGGCUCUUCAGUAUUGUUACAGGUGUUCAGCUGGCUCUGGUACUCUGAUUGCCUGGAUAAGCUUGAGACUAAGGUGGAGACAUUUGCAAACAAGCAUAAACUGAUCAAACCAUUUCACUUCCUUCAGCUCGGAGUCUUCCUCAGGUAUGCUGGGGUAACAGAGAUGUCCACAAAGCAUUUUCUUCAUCACACUAAAAGUUUUAAAGAGCGUAAGCCUGACCUGAACCGUGACCUUCAUAUGCUUCGUCUGUUUGAGGCGUUUUCUGAAAGUGCCCCACAACUCAUACUUAUGAUGUCUAGAAUCUUACAGAGAGGAGAGCUGGAGCUUAUCACAGGUUUAAAAAUCCUCACAUCAGCUGCUGCAAUAGCCUUUACCAUAGCUAUGUACCACUGCAGCAUGCGUGCCUUUCUUCAAGAAAAAGAAAAGAUGAGCUGGAUCUCCACUCUCGUCUACUUCCUGUGGAACUUGUUGCUGAUCAUUCCCCGUGUAACCGCUCUGGCACUCUUUUGCACUGUAUUGCCAUGGUACCUCAUAGCUCACUUCCUGUCUUUGUGGAUGCUGCUGGUUUUAGGGGUCUGGAGCCAGAAAACAGAUUACAUGAAAAGUCCUGGUUGGGAAUGGCUCUACAGAGCUACUGUUGGACUCAUUUGGUACUUCAGCUGGUUUAAAGUAUCAACAGGAAGCAUAAAAUUAAAGGCUUCUCUCUAUUAUGGUGUCAUGGGAUUGGACACAUUGACACUGUUGGGCUUCUGGUGCUGGAAGGUGUUUGAGUAUUCAGGCUGUUGGCGCUCUUUAAAUUCUUACAUUGUGAUCCCGACACUUAUAGGAUUGUAUUUUGCUGGAAUUCUAUUGAAAAUUAUAUACUACAGAUGGUUUCAUCCUAAAUGUGAUGAACAGAAAAUACCUAAACCCAGUGAACAACAGAAUAAUAGACAACCUGCAGCAAUGAAUAAGAUGGAGACAGACUCCCUGGAAUCUUCAUCUGAAGAACCUGUUACUGGAGUUCUCAAGAGGGGGAGGACCAUGGCUGCUAAUUUCUACUACUAGUUCUCCACCCGCCCACCCCUCCC